AGAACCCACUACGUUCAAUCACUAUCAAUAAAUACAAUUCCAGUAUCACGAUCAUGACACAUAAGCACGGGAAACAUACUCCUCGUCUUCACAGGCUCGGAAAAUGGAUGCCCUCCACCCUGGACAGCCACCACGAAUGGCUAGGCGGGCUAAUUGCUCACGUCGACAGCAAAGCCGACCACGAGCUUCACCCAGUGAUGACGGAAUUCCAGCACCUCAUUGAAAGCAACACACGGAUCUACCUCCUUAUAGAAGCUAUGUUCACCGAGGUCCCCCGUAACAGAGUCUACGCAACAGACCCUACCGGAUGUCCCCAGAUCCGAGACUACAAACAUAUGAUCCAGGUCCUGAACCAUCUCCUCACGACGGCGCCCUCAUGGAGUGACUUUACGCAUCGCGUCGGUCUCGUCGGGCUACCCAUUAACGCAGUGCUGGACUGGCCCAUGGGCACACCCAGCGGGUACGCUGCGUUCCUAGAUCCAGAGAUCAAUGCUAUGAUCAAAAAGGUACUAAACGCCUGGGGCGAGUACCUGCAGUCUCCUGAGUCGGCGCAGGUGCUAGAUGACUCGCAAUACGGAUGGUUCGGUGAAACGGGGAAGAAUAACCUCGUCACAGUCGCCAAUGUAGGACAGACGAACUACUCCUUCGAGGAUACGUUUAUCUGUGACCCCUCUCAGAAAUACCACGGGUAUAAAUCAUGGGAUGAUUUCUUUACUCGGGUCUUCAGACCUGGUAUUCGCCCUGUUGCAUCGCCAAACGACGACAACGUAAUAGCCAACGCCUGCGAGUCGCAGCCCUACAAGGUCGCUCGUAACGUCAAGGGUAGAGACGUCUUCUGGAUAAAGAGCCAGCCAUAUUCAGUCUUUGAUAUGCUGGCGCAUGAUUCCCUUGCUGAACAAUUCGUGGGCGGAACUAUCUAUCAGGCUUUCCUCAGCGCGCUGAGCUAUCACCGCUGGCAUGCACCUGUCAGUGGCAAGAUUGUGAAAGCCUAUGUUGUUGACGGGACGUAUUACUCCGAGCCGCUAUUCGAAGGUCUAGGAGAUCCACAUCCCCAUGAUAUUGAUUCUGUUGGGGAAGUCACGGCCCAGGAGUACAUUACGGCGGUUGCUACGAGGGCAUUGAUUUUUAUCGAAAGUGACAAUCCUGCAAUUGGACUAAUGGCUUUUCUCGGUAUUGGAAUGUGCGAGGUUUCGACUUGCCACAUCACCGUCUCUGAAGGUCAGCAUGUGAACAAAGGAGAUGAGAUUGGAAUGUUUCAUUUCGGUGGGUCAACACAUUGUCUGCUGUUCCGGAAGGGUGUCAAUGUCAAUGAAUUUCCAUCUACGGAGACGAACCAAAACGUCCCAGUUAAAGGUCAGGUUGCUGUUGUGACACCUUGA